AUGACGGAUAAAACAACGCAAUCGCCCGUACUUGAGCCAAACAUUCACCUUAAAACUCUUGAGUCAAUGCUGGACGAUACAAAGCAGAAAAAACGUCACAAAAACAAAAAAUCGGACGGAUUAUAUGAAGGGGCGCUUGAAGGCUGGUCUCCUGCUGCUUCUCACGAGACAGAGACUAUUUCGUCCAUGGAAACGCUAAAUCUUGGCCCAAUCGCUGUCUCACUGGCUCCUAAAGUCCAUUCAACCAGUUCCAGUGACGAAAAAAACAAAAUAGUAUUAUCCAAAGCAGAAAGAAAAAAAUUAGCUGCUGAAGCUUUUGCGAAAGCUGGAGGUGUUCCAAAGAGAGAAAAGCUUAGUAAAAGUGAACGUCGUGCUCAACAAGAAGCCAAUCGAGAAAGUAAAAAAGAGACGGGUGUCAAGCCAAAGAAAUUGGAGAUGGUGGGACCUCCAGCAGUUACACCCAUGAACGUGAGAUUACAAUAUGAUGAUGCCAAAAAAAUUGCACGUCGUGCUAAAGCUGCCGUUGUGGUACGGACUCAAGCUCAGAAACAAGUGGAAAUGUUUUCCCAUUUGCCACAAUACGAACGUGAGAGCUCCUUGUCACUCAAUGUCGGGUUUUCCAAUAAAGAAGAAGUACAUGCAGCAGUAUUAUCACUUGGACUCAAGUACGCGGAAGGAAAAAUUUCCGGUAGUAAUGCACGUUGCAUUGCAAUGAUCACGGCAUUCCAUCAAGUGAUUGAAGACUACGUUACUCCACCUGAUAAACAAUUACGUCGUGAUUUGGAUAAACGUCUUCGUCCACUUAUUCAAUACCUUAUUGACUGCAGACCACAUGGUAUUGGCAUGGGGAAUGCUAUUCGUCGACUUCGACGUGUUGUAGGCUCAACCCCACCCGAAUUGAGCGAGGAAGAAGCAAAACGUCGAAUUCGUGACGAAAUGGAGGAUUAUGUGCAAAGUCGCAUCUUGUUGGCCUCACGUGCGGUAGCAAAGAACGCCCAGUCCAAGAUUAGCGCUGGCGAUGUCAUUCUUACCUAUGCGCGUGCAAACGUUGUGGAGAAUUUGCUGCUAGAUAUUGCCAAGUCGUCACCGGACAUUGCUGCCACGCUUCGUGUGAUUGUCGUAGACUCACGUCCACACUAUGAAGGACGUAAGCUUGUUAGUGUGCUGGCUGACGCGGGGCUACAGUGCUCGUACCUGCAAAUCAACGCGCUGUCGUACAUUAUGCGCGAAGUCACAAAGGUGUUCCUCGGUGCUGCUGCUUUUAUGAGUAACGGUGUGGCUGUGGCGCGUGUUGGCACGGCUUUGGUAGCGAUGACUGCUCAUGAGGCUAACGUACCGGUCCUGUUCUGCUGCGAGACUUACAAGUUCUCGGACCGGGUGCAGCUGGAUGCAAUUACUCACAACGAGCUAGGUGACCCCGAUGAGCUGGUGUCUUCAUACUGCACCGACAAGCCACGCUCGCGACGCCGAAAUGGUCGUAGCGCUCCUGACAACCAGUCCAGCAGUUCCUCGAGCGGUCACAUCCUCUCUGACUGGCGCGAUCUCUCGGACUUGAAACUGCUCAACCUAGUGUACGAUGUGACGCCGAUCGACGACGUCUCCAUGGUGGUCACGGAGCUGGGCAUGAUUCCUCCUACUUCCAUUCCUGCUGUGCUGCGUGAAUACUCUCGCGAUGGUCUCGUGGACGGAGCGCUCUAG